UCUGAUCUGCGAACAGCUGUCAAAUAAAAGACAAUAACAACUGACGUCUUGGAUGGCCUGUAAUCAUAACUAAAUUAAACCUUCCAAGUGAUUUCAUAUUAUUGUAUUAAAUUCGGUAUAUUAAUCGUAAAGUUAAUUAUAAUAAAAUGCAACAGCAACAGCAAAUCCCACAACAGUAUGUUCAACCACAGCUAUCGGCAAGCACAGGAUCUGCUCUACCACUUGCAUACAAAGUGGCUGUAGAAGAUCCUGUUUCGAUUAUCCCGGAAGUUUCUGAUAUAAUGCGUAGCAAUGGUGAUUGUGCGCAACCACGUUUGGAUAGCGUCAAGUUAAUUGAACAAAUUGUAUAUCAACAACUACGUGGCUUAUUUUUUGCUGCCUCUGAAGCAGCUAUGCUACGUAAAAUGAACCCGUCUCCUACGCAGGCUGAUUUUGAAUUUCUUAUGAGGAACAAUGCAGUCAAAAUAGCACGUAUGCGUAAACAUAUCAAAGAUAUGCGUAUAUUAAAGAAAGUUUUAAGUAUCCGGCAUGGUUUGAAGGAUGAAAAAAUUGAAAAUGCUGACUCUGAUGAAGAGCUACCAGUUGAAAUGAUGGAACUUUACGAUGAAGAACGUACUAGACGUCUAUUUCGUGCUGAUCGCAUCUCGCAAAUUUUAAUAGGCCAGGAGUAUUUAGAUUUUUCUGAAGCUCGCAAAACAUCAUUUUAUUGUAGGAAUGGUGAAUCGAUAAAAAAUAAAUUAGGACGAUUCUUGGAUUUGCCUACAGAUGUAAACAUACCUGUUGCGACAAUGAAUAUAUUGGCUUAUUUAGCACAUGAAACCAUUGCUGUAAUUGUCGAUUAUGCUUUCUUAACGCGUCUCAACUCAGACAAUCGCGUUGUGGAGCCGUAUAGUCGUGUAACAUCUACGGGAGCUUCACCAGCUAUGUUGCAUGUAUGCCCUGAAGUUACACAAGGCCGCGCUAAAGAAUCAGCUGUACCAAUAACUCCUAAAGAAAUACAUGAAGCUUUACGCCGAUUUUAUCAAAUGUCAAAUAAAAAAAUUGGGUACUAUCGCAGUCCUUAUACACCAGACAAUCAGCGAAAAUUUCUUGCAAUUUAAAUAUAGGCAUAAUUAAUAUAUAAUACCAAUUUAUCUAAAAAAUUUUACAUAUUUAAUUAAGUAUUAAACUCAAAUAAUGUUACUUAAUAUUUAUAUUUAUUUUUCGACUUAAAUUAAAAUGCAAAAUUGAAUUAAUAUAUAUU